AUGGUGAGGCUACAUGCCGCACAACAAAAUCAAUGCACGGCCCUCGCGAGCAACAGCAGAGAAGAAGGACCCAGGCAGCCCCAGGGCUUCGAUCAUGCCAGUGCUCAAAUGAUGCAUGAAAAUUCAUUCACUAGUCGCGCUGGACCUUUUCCGGACUACCAAACGCAAUAUCAGCAACCUGUUUCUUUUAAUCAGUUUCCUCAUCAGACGAUGCAGACACCAUCUGCAACUGCCUUUCGCCAACACGAGCAGUACGGCCCGGAUUCGCAAGGCAAGAAGGAACGUAAAUCGAGCAAUGUGAAAGGUACGGUUGGGGGCGGUCUCCUUGGAUUUGCGUUGACCGGGCGGUUGAGUGGCCUUGCUGGGGGAGCUAUGGUGGGAAACAUGAUUUUAAAGCGUCGGAAGUAG